AUGAAACGUUUACUGAAUAGCUCGAUACGACUACGAAACCGAGCAACCACCUCCAUUGAUGCUGGGGCAAGUCAAAUUGCCAUCAAGGUCGUGGAUGACCCAGAAAUCCAGAAAGAAAAGAUUCCUCUAUGGAAGAAAAUGAAAGACAAAGUAUUUUCUUUUUAUAUAUUUCCCGAUAGCACCCCAAGGAUAGUGAUGGACUUUAUAAUGUCAUUUGUUAUUCUCUACAACGCUGUAACGGCUGCCUAUUUGGCAUGCUUUGAGGAAUACAUUCACUACGGAUUUUUAAUUGUAAAUAUUUUGAUGGACCUCUUGGGCAUUUUGAAUAUAUUUGCUCACCUACUUGAGGUUAAGAUGGUGGGAGCAGAUCCUGAGAGAUCUAGAAUUGGACGACUCCUAUCAUAUUGGAAAUUAUUAUUAAUUGACAUUGUUUCAUACUGUACUCUGUAUGAUUGGUUUUUGCUGAAUUAUCCUUACUUUAGACUGUUUCGAAUUAUUCCAAUUUUGACCUUAAGAUUCGGUGAUUACUACAAAACAGUGGAACAAAAGAGUGGAGUCAAUCCUAUUUAUUUACGUAUAGUCAAGUCUGUAAUUUACUUGUCAAUUAUCAUUCACUGGUUCUCUUGUUUAUACUUUUUAAACCUUAAUCAGUAUCAUGAAUAUGGAAAUAUUCUGAUUCAAACAGACGCAACAGACAACCUCAAAUAUCUGGUAUUUAUGAAUCUGUCAGGAGAUCUAGGGUCUUAUAAUUUUUUAACAAGAAUUCGACAAUAUAUUGGUAGCAUGUAUUUCGCAACAUUGUUCCUUGUCGGAUUUGGUACUGACGUUCCUCAAGAUGAAUUGGGAGCUUUGUACUCCAUUAUGAAUGCUGUUUUUGGAGUGAUGUUUAUUGCCUCGGUGGUCGGAGUCGUGUCUAAUCUUGUCAACCAAAUGAACCAAAAGAGCUCAAAGUUCAACAGAAAGCUUGAUGAUAUUACCGGCUACCUUAAAUUCAGAAAAGUCAAUACAAAAUUAAUAUCUGAUUCUCGAAACUUUUUGGGAAUUAUCCAGAGAGCAAACCGAGAGCUCAAAUCAGAUGAUGACAUUUUGGAGGACUUGGAAUUAGAAACAAAGCGAAAGGUGUCUCAGUAUUUACACAAAGAUUUGGUAAAGAAGGUGCCUUUUAUGAAGGAUAUGGAAGAGCUUUUCAUUCAAGAGAUUUGCCUGUACCUUGAGCAUACAAUUAUUCUUGAAAAUUACUAUGUCAUGCAGUUUGGAGAAGUGGGAAGAGAGAUGUUUUUCCUCGGCAAAGGGAGUGUUGAAAUCGUCGGUCCACAAGGUCAAAUUUGGGCUUCGUUGCCUUCAGGAUCAUUUUUUGGAGAAGUUGCUUUAAUCCUCAAUUCAAAGCGUAUGGCCUCUGUGAGAACCAAAGAGAUUUGUGAAGUGUUUAUUUUGCACAAAGACGACUUUGACAAUGUGCUGUCUAGAUUUCCUGAAGCCAAGAAAAAAAUUCAAGAGGAGGCAGAAAAAAGAACUCAAGCAGCACAAAAGACAGCUGAAACCAAGAACAGGGUUCAAACAAAGGUUAAAACCAUUGUUAAAUUAUUUGGAAAAAGAGCGUCAGACGUGUCUCCAAGAUCGGCCAACGCUGCUUCUCGAUCCAAUUCACAAAAUAAGCUUGUUGAAGAGGAGAAAAAGGAAGAAAAUAAGGAAGACGCCAAUAAGGCAGAACAUGAUGCCCCUCCACAGGAUCAGAAAACCGAGCAAAACAAUCGUGACAAAGAAUCUAAACAAGAGACAAACAACCAAGAAAAGCAAGAACGAGAUGAAAGCGCCAAAGACGAAUCCAGCAAACAAAACGAAAUUGUGUCAACCAAACAGAAAGAAGAAGAGCAGGUUAAAGAAACAACCAAUGAAUCCACCAAAACCCAAGAGACCAAAGAAAAUAAGCCCAAAGUGCAAGAGCAAACCUUACCACCAGAGACCAAAGAACAAGACAAUAAGGAAAACGAAAGCUUUACUGAAGAAAGUGAAAUUGAUCUUGGAGAGCCAAAGAAAGAGGUGAAUGAGUAA